GCUACCGGCGGUGCACACCCCGGUUCAAAGGUUCACCCCCAAUUCACCAGCUCCGCCAGUCACCAGCCGCCUGGCUCCGCCACCCCAUUGGAGGCAACAGCAAUAACAACAAUAACAAGCCCCCUAGAAAAAUAAUAUCCGAACAGACGGGCUGUCUGGGAUGCAAGAAUUGCAAAAACAAUCCCCACCCCAUCACGGAGAGAUCUGAGCAAGGAGCAGGACGAUGUUUGACAACACGCAGUACCCCUAUAACUGCUUCAAUUAUGAUGGGGAUGAUUAUCCUACCUGUAGUUCUGACGAAGAGAAAAAAUUCACCAGACCGGCGUACAGCUAUAUUGCCUUAAUUGCAAUGGCCAUCCAGCAAAGUCCUUCAAAUAAAGUCACCCUCUCUGGCAUUUAUGACUUUAUAAUGAAGAAAUUUCCUUACUACAGAUCAAAUCAAAGAGCCUGGCAGAACUCCAUCCGACAUAACUUAUCGCUUAACAGUUGUUUUGUAAAGGUUCCCAGAACAGAAGGGAAUGAGAAGGGGAAAGGAAACUAUUGGAGCUUUGCAACAGGAUGUGAAUCCAUGCUGGAUCUUUUUGAAAAUGGGAAUUACAGGCGAAGACGGAGGAGGAGGAAUGUGAAGAGGGAAUAUAAGGAUCAGAGACCAAGCAGAGGGAAAAGUCCUUCAUCCCCCGAUACAUCUUCUAUGGACUGUGCUUUAAACAACAUUUCCUCUUCUGAAAGUAAACAAGAAAGAAUUGAAUCAGGACCAAGACUACUGGAGCCUCGUGGGUUUGCUCCAAACAACAUGACCAACAGGCAGAGCCUAAGCAAUUCCUCCUUAGCAAAAUCGGAUUCUGAAAUUAAAUUCAGCAUUGAUUACAUUCUUUCAGCUCCCGACCCUUUGCCUGUCCUGAGAUCUCAGUAUAAUAUGCAAGAAAAUAAAUAUCAUCUACUGGAGGCCCAGCAAAUUAAUCUCCAGUUCUGGACAAUGUGAUGUUAUUUAUUCGUGGUAACAAAGUCUGAGUUGCAGUGUAUUCAGCAGCCUCACGUCACUGAAAAUCAGCCACCUGCCUCCUUGUUUUCUUCCCAAGCGGUACUCAGAAAGGGUUACCAAUUCACCAGCUGAUACUCUGUCUGUACCCAAAGAACUUUGCUAAGGUUAAAGCGUAAAUAACAGUUACCAAUAUCCAUUUUCACUAUGCUGAAAUUAAUGAAAUUCUAGCUUUGUUUUCUAAACUGUCGUGGAUGUCAUUUAACACCACAAAGAAUUUCCUUUCUCAAACAGAAUCCGACAGAAAAGAGACUUGCUUAUCACCCGUUGCUUUAUUAAAGACAAAGUGAAUUUGAGACCACUUUUACUGGUGGAAAUUAGGAUUAAUUCCACUGAAGUAUAUAGGUCAGAACUUAAGCUGAUCUAAAACAUUGUAACUCUGUCGACUUACACUGGCUGAGAAUGUAGGGGUGGGGGCCUUUGUUUUCUUAAAAGGAAUCACAGAAAACCUCUCUGUCUUCCCUUUUUUUUAAUUUUAACAUCAUGUUUCAAACUGUUGUGGAGCAUUAAUUCAUCAUUAAUUAGAAAAUGUAGUUAUUAAUAAGUGUUGAAAGUAUAUUUCUAUUGAUAGUCAGGGCAGAGUUGUUUAAACUGUUGAAGUUGUAUUCAAAAUAAUUCCAAGAAAGCUAAUUGCAAGGCUAUUGAACUCUGGUAGACUUUGAGGAGUAAUGUGACAGAGCCAUAGGGCCUCUUAAUGCCUUGGUUUUUAAAAAAAAAAAAACCACAAACAACAAAGUCCUUGAACACAUUUCAUUUAGUAAGUAUGAAGGGAGACACGGCUUUGCAAGAAGCUGUAUCCAGUGUUGCCCAAAGCCAGCAUUCCACCUACCUGCUUGGAGACAAGUUGGGUAUUCCUAUUAAACAGAUUUUUAUCGAUCCUUCUUGCAAGCAAUUACCAAAGUGGUACUUGAUACGAUUUCAGCAAAGCUGGUGAGAUUUAUAAUUUACAGAUAGCAAUGUUAGAUCAUGAGCUCCAUUUCUAAAGAAAGCCAUUUCAUUACCAUUUACGUGCAGUGGCGUAUUUCAGAGCAGAACCUGAUGGACAAUGAUGAACUGUAAUGAGCAUUUAAGAACUUGCUUUUAUACAACUUGUUCACAAUGAAUUACUUGCCAGUACCUAACGGCAGCAUUAGUAAAGACUCCACCAAAUCUUGGUUUUGGCUUGUCUAUUACACUCUUCACCUACUGCAGAUAAAAGAAAAACAGACAAGGAUUCUGGUGGUUUUAAGCAAUUAUAUACAGAGAGAUAAAAUUAUCUUUGCAACAUGAACUAAAGGUAAAUGAAGGUAUAUGAGAUAAGAUUAAGCAAAAUUGUGCUAGAGGUAUGCUCGGGCAUGACUUGAAUUUUUAUGCAGAAGCUUUGACAUUUCACUAAGUUAUUUUACAUUGUGUCUAAUAUAUACUGUACAUUUAUACUAUAUAUUCUUAUAUAUUGUUAUUGAGAAAGGGAGCAAUAUCACUGCACUUAUAUGUUGUAAAAAUGCAUGAUAUGUGUUGUCAUGAUGCUCAAACUCCUGCCAUAUACGUAAAAUUUACCAUCAGUGGUAUUUCACACUGAUUGGUAAUAAAUGCUCAUUUUUUGGAAAACUAUAAAACUUGCUAUCUUCAGGCAUUUCUUUAGCAUGCAAAAGUCUUUGCUUCUUCUUCAGAAAAGACAAAAUGGAAAAUCAUGUCAGUUACAUCGCUGCAUGUCUUCCAAACUUUGAAGGGAUGAUUUGUUCUGAGCAAAUUCUGCCUUCAAAUGGGAGCUUUCAAUUCUUUGUGAAUCAAUGUUUAUUCUGGGCGAUUAUCUGAAAGCAAAAUUUGACUCAUUAGACCUUAUUGAUCUGCUGUUUACAUUGACAUCAGAAAAAGAAGAAAACCUCUGGGGUCACUGGACAUUUGAAGAAGGACGAGAAUUUGCUCCUUUAGUAUUUGUGCUCAGUAGUAAAUAGGUGUGGGAAGAGCGUGCCUCAUUUAGUACUUCAAUGUAUGCAUGCGCUCACGUGUGGGUUGGUAUGUGUGCACCUCUAGGAUCCUACCUACAUUUAUAUAUUCAUGCUUUAUACGCAGAUUUUUUUCUUGAUUGUUUUAAACAUGGCAAUGCUGCGGUUAGGCUGAUAGUUAUAAUGCACAUCUGCAGUAUAUUUGAAAUAUAUAUUUUUUGCUGUGAAAUGUGCAGAUAUGAUUCUUUCUAUGUAUUCUUCGUUAAUGCUUUUAGCAAAAGGUAACUCAAAGACAGCAAAAGUUCUUACUAAGCAUACACCUUACCCAGGUGAACACAGUGAGCUGCUGAGACCAGUGGAGAUAGAUACAGUUAUGGCUACU